CCGCGGGACUCGCCGCCUCCCGGCGCCGCGGCGCGGGCUGAGGGGAGCGGGCCGCCCGCCGCCGCCCUCCCGCUCCCUCCUUCUCCGCCAGAGGAAGUUGUCCUGCUGAACGUAUUGGCUCGGGGUAAUAAAGGGAAACGUGCAGCUGAGUUACAUAGAAGGAUCAGCUGAACGAGAAGUUGCCAUUACUUAAGUCUGCAGUAGAUUUCUCAAGUAUUUACUGUUCCUUUUCAGGUGCAGAGCAUGGAGAAUGAUGAACUUCCGCCAGAGGAUGGGCUGGAUUGGUGUGGGGCUGUACUUGUUAGCAAGUGCUGCGGCUUUUUAUUACGUCUUUGAAAUCAAUGAGACUUACAACAAACUAGCACUGGAGCACAUUCAGCAACACCCCAAGGAACCACAGGAAGGAACCACAUGGACACACUCCUUAAAAGUACGACUGCUAUCCUUGCCGUUUUGGCUGUGGACUAUAAUAUUUUUAAUACCGUAUUUACAGAUGUUCUUGUUCCUCUAUUCCUGUACAAGAGCUGACCCCAAAACUGUUGGGUAUUGCAUCAUUCCUAUCUGCUUGGCUGUUAUUUGCAAUCGUCACCAAACAUUUGUGAAGGCCUCUAAUCAGAUCAGUAGAUUACAACUGAUUGACACUUAGCUCAAGUUCUAGUUUCUGUUGCUGAUUUGAAGCAAUUGCAUAUGCCUGAUCUAAUCACAAGACUGAAGUUCUGAGUGAAGGCCGGAAAGAGCCUUUUCUUUCAAACUGGUAAGCAAUGAAGAGAAUGACUGUUUUCUAUUUAAAACAAGCAAGUAACUACUAAGGUUUUUAAUUAUGGAUCUAUCAGGUGGCCAGAGUGGGAGAGCCCUGUGUGACACGUGAUGGAAGUAUUCCUCAUUUUGCCUUAAUGAUGCAAAAUUGCAACACUCCAUCUGAAAUGUCCUGUAGGGAAACAAGUUUCUGGUCCACAAUUUUACUCCUCUGUGCAAAAAAGUGAUUUCCUAUGUUUUCCCUUGGAGUGAAAUCAAUGAAAAGAUACUUCUUUUGUGGUAAAUGUAAAAGGAAAAAAGAAAUUGAGAAAUUAUAUAUAAUUGAGUAAUUAUAAAAGCUGUCCUUAACACAAUUCUUUGCUUUUUUUUUUAUUAUCUACAUCAGUGGUGUUUUUAAUGACUUUUUAAAAGCAAAGAAUAAAGUCUGUGCAAACCAUUAAAGGGAAAAAGUACAUUUUUUCCUGUGGUAGCCUACUUGUUUUCAGUCACAACAGUCCAUACUGUACUAGGUAGGCAGUGAGGAGUGGCAUAGGCCUGGAGCUUGGUGCUUUAAACUGUUGCUGUGACAUCAAAAGCAGCCUAUGCUGGCAUUGGCCUGUAGUCUGCACAAAAAUUCUUUUGUGUUUCCUUCUCCUAUCAUUUCGCUUGAUAAAAUUACAAGUUGCUGAAAUUUAUGACCAUUCUGAUUUCAUUCCGGACAUCAUGCAAAACCAUGUUCCAGGAGAACUUAUGUAUUAGGAAAAACUUCGAAUUUGGGAAAGUUUACUGGUUGGGGGAUGCUACAAACAGAUUGUAAGAUAGAUAAUCAUGUUUCUUCCAGAAAUUAAAAGAAGAUACCUUCUUCUCAUUCUUGUAAUGAAUGCGAAUUUCUUCAGUCAUACUGAAAUUCCACUGAGAUUUCUUUGCCAUCGUUUCAACCUCUAUUUUUCAGUGCUAUUUUGGAAUAGCAUUUAAGUCUAACUGCUGUAUUGUGUAUUUUGAAUAAGACUGAAUCUGUUCUUUCUUUCUGUCCGUUUUUGUUUCUUCUUAGAAUAACUAAAUUUUUGUCUGAGCUGUGAUGGAAGUAAUAAAUAUGAAAACAGUGCAAAAUACACUUCAGAAGCAGUAGGCUCAAAAGAAUUAUGACCUAAACUCCUCGACUAUGACUUUAACUGUAUGUGAUUGUCCAGACCUAAUAAUCACAAAUGCCAAUCCAUUUCUGACUGCUUUAAGGGAAUCCUGGAGAGCGUUGUCUUUUGCUUUGGAAAGAGAACACUUUUCAGUGUUGCUGUGCUUAAGCAUGGCAGUUACAACACCUUAAACUUUCUGUUUGCACUUGGAGAUACUUUGAGACACUGGUUUCAAUUGUCAGCGUCGGUGCUAGGACCUGAAAACAAUGUAGCCUUUGCAAGAAGGUUUUGACUUCUAAGUGCAAUAUGAAAAGGAGGAAGCUGCCAUCUUAGUGCUGGAGUAAGGGUAAAUUAUAAACUCUGACAAGUAUUUAGUAUCUUGGGGAGUCAGAGCUUUUAAGAUGUGUUGUUUCUGAACUUUUAAAAUCACCAUGCUAUUUAUCUAUAAAAUAAAAACUUUUCAAUGUUUAUAAA